AUGGGGAGCAAAAAACAUAAAAGCACAAAUCAGAGAAACGAUCUCACGACUAUGAGCGCGAUUCUGCCAAAGAAAGGGGAUCCAGAAGUGAAAGAGGGUAAGUUAACUGGAGAGAAGCCAGGGUUAAAAUUGGUUUUGAACCUGAAAGGAGCGUCCACCCCAACCCCGGAGCCUUUAGCUGAUGUGUACCAUGAAGAGAAAAGACACAAACACAAGAAGAAGAAAAAGAAGAAGUCAAGUGAUAAAGAGAAACACAGGCACCAUGAGAGCCGCAAAAGGGAGCGAAUGUUGUCAGAAAGUGAAUCUGUGACCUUUCCGGACCAUUAG